UUCCUUGCUGCGUAUCUGGAAAGUUCUCGGCGUUUCCUCCAGAUGCUAGAACUAAGCAAGCAACACAGCAACGUGGACCCCUUGACUUAUUAGCCAAGCAGCUCAACAGCACACAUUCAGUUUGGAGACUGGUGCACAACUGUCUAUAUCCGGCAUAAUUUGGCGCUAAAUGCAAAAUAUAGCAAACAAGACAAACUGAAUAUUGAUCUAGCUGAUUUGUGGCGCAGCUUGCCUUCCGUUCCGAACCAUAGUUAGCUAGCUAGCGCUCUACUCUACUAGCCAGCCAGCCAGCCAUAUUGUUAGCUAGCUAACGUUAGAGGUUUGCAGACAGAAGUGUUUCAGGGGCUUAAGGGCUAUGACUGCAGAAGAGAUGACCAACGAAGAACAGAACAACAUCCCGAUGGAGGGAGAGGAUAUCACGCAGAAGAAAGAUGGAGGGGUUUUAAAGUUGGUGAAGCAGGAAGGCACGGGGACAGAGCUGCCUAUGACUGGGGACAAGGUGUUUGUUCACUAUGUUGGCACGCUGCUGGAUGGAACCCCGUUUGACUCCAGUCGUGAACGAGGAGAGAAGUUCUCCUUUGAGCUGGGCAAAGGCCAGGUCAUCAAGGCGUGGGACCUGGGAGUGGCUACUAUGAAAGUAGGAGAGAUCAGCCAGCUGAUCUGUAAACCAGAGUACGCCUACGGCACCGCCGGCAGCCCCCCGAAGAUACCCCCCAACGCUACCCUUAUCUUCCAGGUGGAGUUGUUUGAGUUUCGAGGGGAGGACAUCACUGAGGGAGAGGAUGGAGGAAUCAUCCGUCGCAUCAUCACUAAGGGAGAGGGAUACACCAAGCCUAAUGAAGGAGCUGCCGUAGAAGUGUGUUUGGAGGGCAGCUGUGAGGGCAAGGUGUUUGACAAAAGGGAGCUGAAGUUUGAGUUGGGAGAUGGAGAGAGCCUGGGUCUGCCAAGCGGAGUGGAAAAAGCCCUGACUGCUAUGGAGCAGGGAGAGGAGUCCCUCUUCAUCAUUAAACCCAAGUAUGGCUAUGGAAACACGGGCAGCAGCAAGUACAAUAUUCCUGGUGGAGCCACUCUGCAGUACAAACUCAAACUGACCACCUUCGAGAAGGCCAAGGAAUCCUGGGAAAUGAACUCAGCAGAGAAACUGGAGCAGAGCAUCAUUGUCAAGGAGAAGGGAACACAGUACUUCAAGGAGGGAAAGUAUCGCCAGGCGUCUGUCCAGUAUAAGAGGAUCGUGUCGUGGCUGGAGAAUGAAUCAAGUUUACCCGAGGGGGAGGAGCAGAAGGCUCAGGCCCUGCGGUUGGCUGCUCACCUCAACCUGGCCAUGUGCUUCCUCAAGCUACAGGAACCAAGCUCUGCUUUCGACAACUGUGACAAGGCCCUGGAGCUGGACGAGACCAAUGAAAAGGCUCUAUUCCGGAGGGGGGAGGCACUGUUUGCCAUGAAGGAGUUUGAAAGGGCGAGAGCGGACUUCCAGCGAGUCAUACAACUGUAUCCUAGCAACAAGGCCGCCAAGAGCCAGGUGGCUCUGUGCCAGAAGCAGAUUAAGGAGCAGCAUGAGAAGGACAAGAGGCUCUAUGCCAACAUGUUCCAGAAGUUUGCUGCGAGAGACGCUAAGGAGGAGGCUGACAAGGGGAUGGAGAAUGGAGGAGGGAUGGAGGUGGAGGAGAGUGGAGGACAGGAGUAAUGGCUGCUGGAGACAGAUGUGGUAGUCUGUCUGUCAUGAAGACUUUUAUAACUUCAGACGUUUGUGUUUAUAAAGAGAGAAAGUGUUUGUGUGUGAGAGAGAAGUGCAUGUGUGUCCAUGGCUCGUCUGUAUCUCCUGUGUGUCUGUGUGCUAUCAUCAUGGCAGCUAGCUUCUGUAGCUGACUGCACUCUGGAGGUGUGGCUAAAAGGAGUCCCCCUCCCCUCCCUCUGGUUAACAUGUAGCAGGCUGCCCCCUCCCUCCACGCCCCUGCUCAGACUUCUUUGCUUAAUGGAGUUGGAAGCCCAGUACAAGGUGUGUGUGUAUGUAUGUAUGUAUGUAUGUAAACAACCUACAUUCACCCAGUAAGGGCUUGUCCCCAAACCCCCUUCACUUCUCACCCCUUCCCCCUUCCAAGGCCAACUAAUCAAUUCCUGGGGACUGCUCCCUGUUUGUGUGCGACUGUGUCUGCAGACCGUAGCAGCACCCUCUCUAGCAGCAUUCAUGCUCACUAAACGGUUGCUCUCUGCUUCUCAAACACUGUUAGCCUGGGUUUAUGAUUUCUGUCUUUACUGUUCUUAAUGGGAUGAUGAUUUACUUCACAACUGGAAAGUGUGUGUAGCAGCUGAUAUGAACUAGCAGCUUCUCCUGGUCAAACUCAACCAGUAUAAAGCUCCGUCAGAUUACAUAUAUAUAUAUAUAUAUAUAUAUAUAUAUAUAUAGUCUUACUGUAGUCUAUGGCUGCAUCCCAAAUUACACUAUGCCCUACUUUUUGACCAGUGCCCUGUGUCUAACCUAAGGAGGCUGUUAUAAAGUAGUGCACUAUAUAGAUAAUCGGUGUCAUUUGAGAUGCAGACUUACAUACAGCAUCCCUAUCUAGCAGACCUGGCUCUAGAAUCAUACCUGAUUCAGCUAAUCUCAGUCCUGUGGAGCAGUUGGUUUGUAGAAUCAGGUGUGUUGGAACAGGGCGGCGCAGCUAGGGAGUGAGAUCGGUCAGUGGGUGGGGUUUGGGGUGUCAAAUGCGUGUUGGUGGGGGGGUCUGUCUGAUUGGAGCAUUAUGGUUGGUUCUCCGACUGAAGGAUCUAAUAAACAGAAAUGACUCAAA